GCUGGUGCAGGGGGGAGCAUGCGCAAUCGCCAGGGAGUUGGGGCGACGAUGUCGGCGCAGGAGCGACCGGGCCUCGGAAAACGGCAGCGACAAACCGAUUGUUGCUAUGUGUUGUACUGAUUGAGAGAGAUGGAUGUUCAAGCGUUGCGCAAAGUGAGUGGUUCGUCAGACUCGGUUUCCACACUGAACAGUGAGGAGUUUGUCAUUGUGCAUCAGCAAGCAGAAGACUCCUCUUCAACCAAUGGAGAGGAACAGCCAACACUAAAGAUAGCUUGCAAUGGAAGUGAGCAGCAGCUAAAGAAGGCACUGGAGGAAGGCCAGAGAGAUGAAAUGAUGGCCGGGGCAGGAGAUGAGGAGGGAUACAGAAGCCUGAUGACACGUGAAGCAUCUUUGAAACAGAAACCUCUGCAUUUAAUUUUAACCUCCUCUGCAGAAGAAGAACUCCUUGCACCUAAAGUUGCGUCACCCAGUGCUGAAGAAGAGGAGAGUGUGCUGUUCAACAAGUUAACCUACCUGGGCUGCACUAAGGUGACUUCUCCUCGCAAUGAAGCAGAGGCUCUUCGUGCCAUGGCCAACCUCCAUGCUAGCUGCCGAGUUCCUAUCCACAUAACCCUGUAUGUGCCAAAUGUUGCAGAUGGAUCCGUAAGGAUAAUAGACCAGGCUACGACCACUGAGAUAGCUGCAUUUCCAAUAUAUAACGUGUUAUUCUGUGUCCGCGGUGUUGAUGGGACUGCAGAAAGUAAUUGCUUUGCAUUUACUGAGAGUUACUGCAGUACAGAUGAGUACCAACUUCACGUGUUCUGCUGUGAGAUCAAAGAAGCUGUCAGCCGCAUCCUGUACAGUUUUGCCACUGCUUUUCGUCGAUCUUCUAAACAAUCGACAGAAGUGAAAGACAUGUGCGAUGCCAGUCCUGAGAAGGACACCUACAACUUCACUGUCUCUCUUGAAGUGAAGGAAGAUGAUGGAAAAGGCAAUUUCAGUGCUGUACCGAAAGACAGAGAGAAACUGUAUUUUAAGUUGCGACAGGGAAUAGAGAAGAAAUUGAUCAUCACUGUGCAGCAAACAUCGAAUUGUGAACUUGCUGUUGAGCGAUGUUUUGGCAUGCUCCUUAGUCCAGGGAAAAAUGUGCGGAACAGCGACAUGCAUUUGCUUGACAUGGAAUCCAUGGGAAAGAGUGUUGAUGGCAAGUCCUAUGUAAUCACAGGAAUAUGGAACCCUAGUGGUCCUGCAUUUCAGGCUCUAAAUGAGGAGACUCCUAAAGAUAAAAGGGUCUACAUGACUGUAGCUGUCGACUUAGUAAUUACUGAGGUGGUAGAGCCAGUCCGGUUUCAGUUGGAAACAGUGGUCCGUGUGUAUCCAACCAAUGAGAGAUUCUGGUACUUCAGCAGAAAAACCUUCUCGGAAGCUUUCUACAUGAAGUUGAAACAGUCGGAAGGCAAAGAUCACGCAGGUAUUAGUGACACGAUGUAUGAAGUGGUGUCCUUGCAAAAGCAGUCUGAGAGAGAUGGAACUGCUCCUGCUGCAACCGGCUUUAUGCUGUACCAUGGGAGGCAAGCCAGUGUGACCCUCUCCCCCCAGGAUGAUAAGGAUGAUGAAGAAAGUGAUAAUGAACUGUCGAGUGGCACUGGGGACGUUUCCAAGGACUGCCCAGAGAAAAUUCUGGAAUCGUGGGGAGAAUUGCUGCACAGAUGGCACAGCAACCUGACUGCUAGGCCCAAAGGGUUGCCAGGCCUGGUCAGAAAUGGUGUUCCGGAAGCACUGAGAGCUGAAGUUUGGCAGCUGUUGUCAGGUUGCCAUGACAAUCAAGUGAUGCUGGAAAAAUACAGAAACCUGAUCACCAAGGAUUCCAUUCAGGAAAAUGUCAUUACCCGUGAUAUUAAUCGGACUUUCCCAGCCCACGAUUAUUUCAAGGACACUGAGGGGGAUGGACAAGAUUCGUUGUACAAGAUCUGUAAGAUGUCCUCUACUGAUUUUUAA